GCCUGCGUACUGCCGCGUUCUUUCCGGAAGCAGCUGAAAGACAGCUGGGUGAGUUGGCAACGCUCGGAGGGGUGCUUCCCUCUCCUUCACGGGGCGCGCGGCUGCUUCUUAGGAGCCCCCCCCCCCCGAGCUCCUUCGCGCGCAACUGAGAGAAAGGGGCGGAGCUUGGAGGCGGCGCGUGAGGGGGCCAUAACGGCAGGCAACAAGAUGUUGCCUACCACCUCCCUUAAUUCCCGAGAUCAUGGCAAUGAAUCUUUAAACUCAAGGGAAGCAGCAAGGCACACAGCCGGGGCAAAGCGCUACAAAUACCUGAGAAGACUCUUCCACUUCCGGCAUAUGGACUUUGAGUUUGCUCUCUGGCAGAUGCUCUAUCUCUUCACCUCACCUCAGAUGGUGUAUAGAAACUUUCAGUACAGGAAACAAACAAAAGACCAGUGGGCAAGAGAUGACCCAGCCUUCCUUGUAUUGUUAAGUAUCUGGCUCUGUGUAUCCACUAUAGGAUUUGGCUUUGUGUUGGGAUUGGCCUUUGGGGAAACCAUCAAGCUGCUGCUUUGGGUUGUGUUUAUAGACUGUGUAGGAGUUGGCCUCCUAAUUGCGACUUUAAUGUGGUUCAUUUCCAACAAGUAUUUGACAAAGCAUCAGAGUAGAGACUAUGAUGUAGAGUGGGGAUAUGCCUUUGAUGUUCACUUGAAUGCUUUCUAUCCACUUCUUGUCAUCUUGCAUUUCAUACAGCUGUUUUUCAUUCACUAUGUAAUUAUGUUGGAUUCAUUUAUUGGCUAUUUCAUUGGGAAUACUUUCUGGCUGAUUGCAAUUAGUUAUUACAUCUAUGUGACAUUUCUAGGGUACAGUGCCUUGCCAUUCCUGAAGAACACAGUGGUCCUUCUGUACCCGUUUGCUCUUCACAUCCUGCUCUACGUGGUUUCAUUGGCCAUGGGAUGGAACUUUACAAAAGCGCUUUGUGUUUUCUAUACAUACAGAGUGAAAUAAACUGAACUCAGUGAAUGAGUUGUUGCCGCCUCUUGUACAAAUGCCAGGAUAGGUGAAGAUGCUUUUGUAAAAUAAUGUAAAUAAUUUGAUCUUCACUGUAGAUCAGUGUGCAUAAAUAUGCAAUUUUUGAAGAGAUGUAUUUAACAGUUGCGAACUUGAAAAUUCUGUAUUCUUCUGCAUUCCCUUCUUCCUGGAAAGAGUUGUAUAUCUCUGUAAUAAAGUUUUUUUUUAAAAAAAUUA